CAUUCAUUCCAGUGGUCAAUACAUUCGUAACUGAAUGCAAAAAGUUUUUAAGUGGAAGUGUGAUAUUGGAAGAUUCAAACCCUAAACUUGAAGAUUUUUGUCAAUAUGUUGUUUUUUGUAUUUGCUCUUACUGUUAUUGUUUGGUGUUUGAUUAAAAUUGCAUCGAAACAUUAUGACUACUUCGAGAAACGCGGCAUCAAGUUUGUCAAGCCGUACCCACUCAUUGGAACUAAUUAUUGGAUGCUACUCAAGAAAGCUUUUGCCUAUGACCUGCAGGAGAAAACGAAGGAAUUUGAAAAUGAGAAAAUUUUUGGAUUAUACGAUUUUCAAACACCAGUAGUCGUUCUCAAUGACCCUGAAAUCAUCAAACAGAUAACAGUUAAGGAUUUUGAUCACUUCACGGAUCGUCGAUUAUUUUUGAAUCCUAAAAUGAGCAAUGUCGUGGCAAACCUCUUAAUAGUAAUGAAGGGUAAGAAGUGGCAUGAAAUGCGCACAAGUCUAACCCCAAUUUUCACAAGCAGUAAAAUGAGGCUCAUGUUCGAAUUGAUUUCAAACUGUGGACAACAAUUUGCCGAAAACUUGGAAGUGGAUAAUGCUAAGUAUGGAGGCUCGAAAAUGUAUGAAGCAAAGGAUAUAUGUACGAAGUACACUUGUGACGUGAUUGCAUCUUGUGCCUUCGGCUAUCAAAGUGAUUCGUUUCAGGAUCCCGACAAUCAAUUUUAUAAUUUAGGACGAAGUUUACUGGAGCUUCGCACUCCGAAGAUGACGAUGAAGUUGCUUAUGAUGCGAUUCUCACCGGCUAUUUCCAGACUCCUGGGUUUUUCAAUGUUUGAUCGGCAAGCAGCGCAAAAUUUCUACAGACUCAUUGUAGAAACAAUAGCGGCUAGAGAGCAAAAGGAGAAUGUUAGACCGGAUUUGAUAAAUUUAUUGGCGCAACUGAAAAAGGGGGACUUGAAACCUGUUGAUGAAGAUGGUAACGAGGGAAACAAAACCGGUCCAAUUAAAAGACAUUGGACUGACGAUGAACUGGUUGCACAAUGUUUUGUAUUCUUUUUUGCCGGAUUUGAGACUGUAUCAACUCUUUUAGUUUUUGCAACAUAUGAGUUAGCUGUUAAUCCUGACAUCCAAUUGAGGCUGCGAGAAGAAAUCGAAGAGAUACAAGAGCAGUUAGGUCAUGGAGUUCCAAUCACCUAUGAUGCCAUUCAAGGAAUGAAAUAUAUGGACAUGGUUGUCAAUGAAGCUUUACGUAAGUGGCCACCAGGACUUAUUGUAGAUCGACUUUGCACCAAAAAUUAUCAAUACGAUGACAAGGAAGGAUUGAAGUUUAAUGUGGAAGUUGGUGACUUAGUAUGGAUUCCAAUAUACCCAAUCCACCAUAAUCCGAAAUACUAUCCCGAUCCUGAAAAAUUUGAUCCAGAGCGGUUUAAUGAGGAGAACAAGCAGAGCUUCAAUUCGGCAACUUUCAUGCCGUUCGGCAUAGGACCACGAAAUUGCAUUGGCUCACGAUUUGCCCUUUUGGAAGUUAAGACGCUCCUAUUUUAUUUACUGUCCAAGUUCGUGUUCGAACUUUCCAGUGAAACUCCGGUUCCUGCGAAACUAAAACCAUUUAUUAUUGGUACCGCCCCAGAAAAACCUAUUAUGUUGAAAUUAAAGCCAUUGAAACUGUGAUUAAUUAAUUAAUUCUGGUUGCCUAUUUGAUAACAAAUGUUCAAUAAAAAUUCAAAAUUAG